GCCCGCCAGGCUUAAAGUUGCCAAGGUUGGAGACCCCUGUUCUAAGCCUCUUUCCCCUCGUUGCUGGUUGUUUUGAAGUUUCCAAAGCACCAAACCGAAGCCACAACUGGGAACCGAAACAUCUGGAAUUCUCCCCCCCCAAGGAGGGGCCAAUGAGCAGCUUCGUCUGUACAAACUCCAUUUACUGGUUUUCGAUUCUUUCUCUUCAGAGUGGGAUCCGUUCCCAGAAUGGAGGGUGAUCCCUGAGCCCCUUACGAUCGCCGCCGGCCUUUGAGAGCCUCUCCGUACAACCCAAGACGUCGCCAUGUGGCACAAGGCCCUGGGUGUGGCUGUGCUGGCCUUGGCCACCGGCUACGUCUUCUGGCUGGAGCCUGCGUGGCCGGAUUUCCUGUGGGAGCAUCUCUCGGGACCCUUCCUGGACCAAUUUCGGGAGGACCAGGAGUCCCCAGAAGGCAGCAUGGCAGAGGCCUGGGAUGCCCUUAUUACCCGGCCAGCCAAGCAGUGGACGAGAGUCGCUGUGGGGGUCAACGCCUGCGUCGAUGUGGUCCUGUCUGGGGUGAAGCUGCUGCAGGCCCUCGGCUUCCACGGUGAGGUUGGGAAAGACCAUUCGGUCUUGCGUUCCGCUGCCGAACUGGAGGAAGCCUUUCUCCAUUUUAUGGGCAAGGGGGCUGCCGCAGAACGGUUCUUCAACGACGCCGAUGGCUUCCACCGCAUCGCACAAACGGCGUCCAGUUAUCCGGGCGCCCAGUUGUAUGUUGGAGGAAAUGCUGCUCUCAUUGGCCAGAAAAUCGCAUCUCAUCCAAACAUAAAGGUUCUACUUUGUGGCCCAAUUGGACCCAAGCUUCAUGAACUGCUUGAUGAGAAUGUAAUGGUCCCUCCAGAAUCACUGCAGGAAUUAGAUGAAUAUCAUCUUAUUUUGGAAUACCAAGCAGGUGAAGAAUGGGGAAAGCUGAGAGCUCCCAACGCCAACCGAUUCAUCUUCUCCCAUGACCUGUCCAACGGGGUCAUGAACAUGCUGGAAGUAUUUGUAUCCAGCCUGGAGGAAUUCCAGCCAGACCUGGUGGUGCUUUCAGGGUUCCAUAUGAUGGAAGGACAGACCAGAGAGCUACGCCAGAGGAGGCUCCGAGAGGCCGUAACUUCCAUUUCUGACAUUCCCACCGACGUCCCGAUCCAUCUGGAAUUAGCCGGUAUGACCGACCCCGACCUCAUGAGAGACAUAAUUCACCAGCAGAUCUUCCCGCUGGUGAACUCCAUCGGUUUGAACGAACAAGAGCUGCUGUUCCUCACCCAGGCAGCCUCGGGACCUCACUCCUCGUUGACUUCCUGGAACGGCGUCCCAGAGGUGGGCACGGUCAGCGACAUCCUUUUCUGGAUCUUAAGAGAACACGGGAGGACUUCAGCCAGGGCUUCGGAUCUCACCCGGAUCCAUUUCCAUACUUUGGCCUACCACCUCCUGGUUACCGUGGAUGGGUAUUGGGCCAACCAGGUGGCGGCCGUGGCUGCCGGAGCCAGAGUGGCGGGGAUCCAAGCUUGUGCCACCCAGACCAUUGACGCCAACAAGGUCUUCCUGAAGGCCCCGCUGGAGUUUGCCACUUCCAAGGCGGAGGGCGGGGCCUCCAGAAUCUCCUUAAACCCAAAGGAGCCCAUAUCGGUGUGGCACCGGAACGGCAUCUCUUUCCACUACUCCCCCGUGCUGGUGUGUAAAAGCCCCCUGCGGACUGUGGGCCUCGGGGAUGCCAUAUCUGCCGAAGGACUCCUGUACUCAGAAAUCCAUCCCCAUUAAGCACGGAAUAAAAAAAAAAUCCAACUCCCAACAUUCGGACCAAGCAGGUACAGGCUGGAAGUCAGAUUGGAUCAGGAACCAAAGUGGUGUGGGGGAGACAAGGAAUGCUAUCCAGAACUUGGGAUGUAUUGCCAUAGGAGUGUUUUAUAACGCAACCGUCAGAGAGGAAGUUUCAUCCAAAGGGAGCCCUUUGGGCCGGAGCGAGAAAGGAAAUGCUUUGACCCAAACCUGGUUCCGAGAGACUAAACCCAAGACCAAGGCAGCAGCACAACCUUUUAAUGUUUCAUUUAC